AUGGCUGACCCGUUGAGAGAGCGUACUGCGCGAUUAUUAACGGACUUCCUGGAGUACUGCGCUCGGGCCCCCGGCAGCCCCGCGCGGGCGCCGUCCACGCCCGAGGCUGAAGUGCUGCGCUACGUGGCCACCCAAGUACAACAGAGCCACCAGCAAUUCUUGUCGAAUUUCCGCGGCUACCGCCAGAACCGCGUUGCGCUAGUGGGGCGGUUGGAGCGGUAUUUACUCCCCGACCCCCAAAACGUCAGCUGGGGCUAUAUAGCAGCGCUGUUGAUCUUCGCGGGGACGCUGCUGGAGAGGCCGCCACCAGGGAACGACUUGACCCUGAAGCCGGACCAGGAACAGGACCUGGAGUGGGAGACCAACGUUGACCAGGACUGCCAGCGCCUGGUGGCUUUGCUCUGCGAUCGGCUUAUGGAACGGCAUCGCGCCUGGCUGGAGGCGCACAAUGGCUGGGAUGGCUUUUGUCUCUUCUUCUCACCCCUGCUGCCAUAUUCUUGGAAAACAUUGCUGGUCCAGGCUCUUCUGUCAUGCGUUACAGUAAUGAUCUUAAUCUACCUCUUGAGAAGAUUAUCAUGAGUUCUAAACUUUUUAACCCAUUUCUACCGGCCUAACUAUGACCAGCCAACUGAAUCUGAGAUGUGAAAGAAUAGAACAGAGUAAACCACCCUCUGAGACAUUGUCACCUGCAUUCAUCUAAGGAGUCCUGUGGUGAUGAUUCAGCCAGCGUUUUAACUCCUGGCAACUAUCAGAGGUAUUAGGACAAAGGUACAAAUGGCUCUUCUCUGAGUGGGGGAGAUGGAUUCUCAGGGCUGAUUGUUCUAAAAUUGGAGAAGAAACUACAAAUUCCAUUUAGUAAGAAACUUGGUGCUUUUUGCUACAUUUGGAUAAGAGUGAAUAUGCAUCUCCCAUUUGAUGUGCUCCUGCUGGUCAGGGAUGAAAUACCAAAAGCCCUCCAAGUCCCAGUUUGACAAGGAAUGUAAUAUUAAAAACUUUUAUAAGGAAUUCUUUCCAAAUCCUUUGAAACCUAAUUUCUGAUUCUAGAUUUUAUAUAUUUAUUUUUCUGACUUCAAUAAAUUGUUAACUAUUGUCAGAUUUUUAAUAAAUUCAUAUAUCUUUU